ACGGACGGCGCGCCGAGCUCCAGACUCUCGGGACUGGAGAAUUGCGGACUUUUUGGUCUUUUUUUUUUACUUUUGGAAUUUUACCCCAGUCUCUUCGCUGCUUACUGAUUACACCAGACUAGGUAUUAAUGCUCCGACGCUCUGUCAAUAUUCCUCCGCACUCCGUUAUGGCCCCUUCCACAGGCAACCAUCGCGAGGCGAUCUAUCCACCGCCGAUCAUUGAUUACCGUGAAACCGAGGCAUGUGAGCCACUCUUUAAAUCAUUUCCUGCGCCAUCAUCUUUCAAUCUUCUUUUUAAGUAUCAUGGUGAUCGACCGUCUUUGAUCCCCUCUACUUCUUCGUGCCCUAUCCCUCCUCGACCACCACUCCCAUCUUAUUCGCGCCCAUCAUGAACGGCCACGCCAACGGACAGUCGGAGCACCGUUUCGACGUGAUCAUCGUCGGCGCAGGCAUCUCCGGCAUCAACGCUGCCUACCGCGUCCAAGACCAACUCCCUGGCUUCAGCUAUGCCAUUCUCGAGGCUCGUCACGACCAUGGCGGCACCUGGGACCUGUUCAAGUACCCCGGUAUUCGCUCCGAUUCGGACCUUUUCACCUUCGGCUUUGCGUUCAACCCCUGGAAUCGCAGCAACCCUAUCGCGGAGGGAUCCGCGAUCAAGACGUAUAUUGGUGACACGGCGCGCAAAUACGGUAUCGACAAGAACAUCCUCUACAAGCAUAAGCUCACCAGUGCCGACUGGUCAAAUGAGGAGCACGUCUGGAACUUGUCGGUCGACGCCGACGGCAAGGAGAAGAAGUACACUGCGCGAUUCGUGAUCUUUGGCACGGGCUACUACAACUACAAGCAGCCCCUCCAAGCCCAGAUCCCCGGGCUCGACGCCUUCAGGGGCCAGAUCAUCCACCCGCAAUUCUGGCCCGAAGAUUUGGACUACACGGGCAAGAAGAUCGUGAUCAUCGGCUCCGGCGCCACCGCCAUCACUCUGCUUCCCAACCUGGCCGACAAAGCUGCCCGUGUCACAAUGCUUCAGCGCAGUCCGACCUACAUCCUCUCCCUCCCCAAUCGCUCCGCCAAUCACUGGCUCUCCUACAUCCUCCCUUCUGCCGCAUAUCAGCGCAUCCAACGCGCAGUCUGGAUCAUCACGACGCGCAUCUUCUUCCUUUUCUGCCAGAAAUUCCCCACCUUCUCCAAAUGGAUCCUCAAGCAAAAUGUCAGCCGCCAACUCCCCAAACACAUCCCCUACGACCCACACUUUGCGCCCCGGUAUAACCCCUGGGACCAGCGACUGUGCGUCUGCCCAGAUGGGGACUUCUUCAAGAGCCUGCGCGCGGGCAAGGCCGACGUGCGCACGGACACCAUCAAGACCGUUACCUCAAAUGGCAUCACGCUGAACAGCGGCGAGACCCUGGACGCAGAUAUCAUCAUCACCGCAACGGGUCUGCAGCUCCAACUCGCCGGUGGCGCACAACUCUCCGUGAACGGGAAGAAAUACGACCCGAGCUCGAAUUACAUGUGGAACGGAGUCAUGCUGCAGGAUCUCCCCAAUGCCUCCUUCAUCAUCGGAUACACCAAUGCCUCGUGGACACUCGGCUCCGACGCAACCGCUCAAUUCGUCACUCGUCUACUGAAGACCCUCGAGCAACGUAAAUUGAUCGCCGCCACACCGCGCCUGAAGCCUGCCGACGCGAAGAACCUCCAGGAGCGCCCGCUGUUGAAUCUCAACUCGACGUACGUGACCCUUGCCCAGCGUGCACUGCCGCGCGCUGCCGAUAAGGGACCCUGGCAGCCGCGUGACCAUUAUCACAAGGAUAUCAAGUUUGCGUUGAAGGGUGAUAUUAAUGAGGGGAUGGAAUUUGUGGCGGGGCCGAGUUUGCGAUUGCGUCCCAAGUUGUCGUAGACGGAAGACUUUGUGUCUGGUAUGGGGAUUUGUUUGAAUUGUGUUGAUUUAUCAUGAUACCUGGGUACAUAUCCGUGACGACUACUCUUUUUCGGUUUAUUUUUUUUUUUUUUUCGAUCUGUUAUAUAUUACAUCAUCCUUGUUGGUUACAUCAUCGUUGAGUUCUGCCCGUCUUUCUAGACUCGAGCGCGUUUGCUUGUCUAUGGAUAAUAUCAGCUCAGUAAAACAUCCGUUUCACUUCCUUC